CGGUCCGCCCACUGACGUCCAAGAAAAAACGAUAUUUUUGAACAUUAACUUUUUGACGGAACUGAGAGACGCCUCUUCCUGUCCGCAGAUCAUACCCGGUGCACUGCUCGGCUAAAGUAACUGAACAGUCGUCGUCGACAGUGGAGUUUGGAGCUGCUUCAGCAUGGAGAUUUCAUUUAAAGGAAAACGAGCGCUGGUCACUGGAGCAGGAAAAGGAAUAGGUAGGGCCACAGCUUUGGCUCUGGCACGCUGUGGGGCGGAGAUCACAGCAGUCACACGCACACAGUCAGACCUGGACAGUCUGGUGCAGGAAUGUCCAUCCAUCAUCCCUGUGUGUGUGGACCUGGCAGACUGGGGGGCCACAGCGGCGGCCCUCAAGAACAUUGGCCCAAUUGAUCUGCUUGUCAAUAAUGCUGCAUAUGCCAACCUGCAGCCAUUUCUUGAGGUCACACCGGAUCAGUUCGACCAGUCUUUCAAUGUUAAUGUGAAAGCUGUGCUGCAUGUGUCCCAGAUUGUGGCUACUGGGAUGAAGGCCAAAGGAUCAGGAGGCUCCAUUGUCAACGUGUCCAGCCAGGCAUCCCAAUGUGCCCUCAAAGACCACACUGUCUACUGUGCCACUAAAGGAGCGCUAGACAUGUUGACAAAAGUUAUGGCUCUGGAGCUGGGAGUCCAUCAGAUCCGUGUGAACAGCGUGAACCCUACUGUGGUGAUGACUGAAAUGGGACGCAUAGGUUGGAGUGACCCUGAAAAAGCCAAGACCAUGAAGUCCCGCAUCCCGCUGGGCCGCUUUGCAGAGGUGGAUGAAGUAGUGAACAGCAUUUUGUUUCUGCUGAGCGAUAAGAGCACAAUGACUAGUGGAGCAUCUCUUCCGGUGGAUGGAGGCUUCCUGGCCUGUUAAACCAGCACCGCAAGGAUGCCGUAUCUGAGCUUGGCACAUCAGGAAGGGAAGAACUCUCAUGUGCUUAUGCUGUUCCCGGAUUCCGAUUCUACGUUCUAUGGUCAUCACCCAGCACCUGGUCAACAAACUCGGUCUUCUGGCCAUUUCGGCACACCCUUUUGUAACUGCUUACUUGAUGUCCUUACUGACAGAUACCAGCUUUACUCUGUAAAGUUAAGCACCAUUCACAUUGUGGAUAAUUCUCCACUAUCAAAGAACUUGUGUCCUUGCUGGAAAUAUGACAAACAAAGAUACAUUUGUUAUUUUGUCACAUUGUUUAUUUUUGCCACACUUAUGGAAGGGUAGGGAAAGCCACCCCCACACAUUUCAAUGUAAACCUAACAUUUGUUGCACUAGGAAAUAUGGACUGUUCUCCAAAAACCCAUACCAAAUGGGUUGUAAUAGCACUGUUUCGCCACGAGAGGGAGUGUCUGGCCAAAUACGCAUCACUUCAGCAAGAAGACGACCUCUAAAUAUUACAUUUGAACCAGAACAUUGUGAUGAAAUGCUAAUGUGCUAUAUUACUGCAGUUACAGGUGAGCGUUAAUUGUUCAUGACAUAUUUGAGUAGCAUCAGUGAUGUAAAUGUGUGAACGCUGACCGUUUAUCCACACUGUUUUUAUGUGCACUGAGGUGUAAUGUUACCACGUCAAUGUAGCUAAGCUAAGCUAACGGACAUGAGCGAAGGUGACGUAAUGUUGACUGGAUAUGUCUGCUCCAUAAUUGAUAAUUAAGUGCACUUAUUACCGUGAAAACAAGUCUUUCUUGUAAGUUGGAUUAUAGGUUUAAUUAGAAUAAUCAUUUUAUGUUCGACAAUGUCAAUUCCACAACAGUCCAUCACAAAAUUGAUUGGUUUAUUAUUCGAAUUCAUUUUAAUAUACAAAGACUAAAAUUGAAAUACAAAUCGUUCUUUUGACUAGGUUUGACUAAAUGCACCCUUUCACACAGGUGUGGUGCAACAAGUUAUAGGUUCCUGGCGUGCUUUUAUUUCGAACACCGGGCUGUACCGGAUAUAGAAAGUGUUGCCGAACGGACCUGGAGGUUGCGGUUGUUGUCGUGGGUUGUCAAUAAAGCUUGCCUGUGGAACACGCCUUACGGUCUACUUGAAUUGAACCCACGUGCAAGAAAUAGGACACAGGUGCGGUUGUAAUCUUUCAAGCUCCGACUCUGAAAAUGAAAACUGCCAGAGUCUGAAUAGGAAAAAAACUUUUUUUUGGUUUGGGUUGUUUUUCGUUUUUUAACUGGUGAUUUUAUGUUUUGUUGUAUGAAAUGUACAGUAAAAAUCUAACCGGUUUUUGAGACGAAGUUAUUUGCUUUUUGAAACAGAAGACACUCUGAAUUUCAGUUUUAUUUUCUGUAUGUCAAAAGAAAUUCAAAUAAACCAAUCCUUUUUGUUUUUUUAAUUCCCAUUCAUGACCAAAAACAUGUUAGAUCCCCCGGUUUACUCCCGAUCAUGAAGGAUGGAAGAAAACGUUCUCAUGCACCUUUAUUUACAGUAUGUAAAACACUCAUUUUACAAAUUUGAAUGAAUGUUAAUGCUACGUAUAUGACUCUGAUUGCCAUAAACUGCACAGUGUUUGUUUUGCUUCCAACAGCAAGUCGCAUCUUUGCAACAGGUUGCUGCACAUCGAGCAGGAAAGGAGCAAUUUUCUACCACCUGUUUAAAUGUGCAUUCAUUUUACAAUGUAAAUAAGUGUUAUGUUUCAUAAUGAGCUCGUGUCAACAUAAAACUACAUAAGAUUCACAUUAAUACGGUCACACUAAUAACACUUGUAAUUAUUUUAAUUAUUUGGGUACAUCCGUUUGUGAAAUUUCAUUAAAUGUUUCUAAGGCAGGGGUGGUCAAAGUGCCACCCGGGGGCCUUUAGCAGUUUUUUUAUUGGCCCGCAGCACAUUCUAAAAAUAUAAUUUAACAACAAAAAGAAAAAUAAGCAGUCAUUUAACAAGAAUGAAGCCAGAAUAUUAAAAGACAAAAUGUUAUAAUUUUAAACAAUAAUAGUAGUAGUACAA